AUGGGGAAAACCAGCUCUCGAUCGGAUGGCAAGACUCAUGCGGACCUCAAGUUCGAAAAGAAAAUGCAAUUUUAUGACUUGGUCAGGAGUGCAGUUGCGAAGAAAGCUAUUUCUAAGGAAAAGCAGCAAAAGAAGAGAAGCCGUCAAAAGAGAUUAAAGGCUUAUGAUCUAUCAUCCAUCUCUGAGUACCUACCUGAAGUAAAUUCUCCCUCGGAGUCGAAGCCUGCCGAACUCAAAAUCAACAGUAAAACAAGAAAUAAGUUGGUGCUGAAAGAGGGUAACCAGCUAAAGACUGUUAUAAAUCAUCCAAUAUUUCAAUCAGAUCCUUUAGGUGCCAUUUAUCAGCAUUUGCAGAAUACACAGCCUGCUGUCGACAAGAAGCCUAAGAGAAAGGAUGAUAAAACGAGAAAGAAAAAAUCGAAACAGAAAUCGUCGAAGGGCUUACAGUCGAUGGAGAUUUAA